AUGAAGAUUUCCUUGCUCUGUUCUGGUGCAACGAAGGAGUUUGAGUUUCCAACUAACACAGGAAGUUCUAAACUCCACCUAGAUCUUUGUCAAAAGAUGGGCCUGAAGGCCUCCAGAACGCGUUUCUUUUGUAUACCCAAAGGAUCGUCUAGCGAUGCCGCAACUGAUGAAUCUCAGAAAACUGGGCGAGCUACACGUCAACGAAAGGUAUACAUUGAUCCUGAGAGCACCACAAAGCUUCUUUCAGAUUAUCUUGAGGAAGAACCCACAGAAUCAACAAUUCUUCAACUUGGCGUCAAGGACAUUGGACCCCAGUUCAGCUACCGAGGCGUGUUUUUGCUGGAGUACAUUGGUCCCCUGGUCAUAUGGGUUGUCGUGGCCAUGAACACGAAGAUGAAGACCUCCUUUACAAAUCUGGCUACUGUGAUGUGGGUUUUUCAUUAUGUGAAGAGGCUCUUUGAGACACUUUUUGUGCACACCUUUUCGAAUAAGACAAUGCCGCUGCGCAAUCUGAUAAGAAAUUGUGUCUACUAUUGGGGGUUUGCGUCUGCAAUAUCAUGGACAAUCUUGCAGAGCAACGUUCGAAUAAAUAUGAGUAUCAGGGAGAAAGUUGGGGAAUGGGAAGAUCUUUUGCGUGUUUUUCAAGACACCAAAGAUUAUACUCACAUUCUUCAACUUAGUAAGUCCAUUUCCAACCAUCUUCUUUAUGAGGUUAGUAUCAUGCCUGCAGCGCUCUUUUUCGUCUCAGAGCUUUGUAAUCUGUACUGCCACCUCAAGCUGCGAUAUUUACGACCCCCUGGCUCUCGCGAACACUUUCUGCCCCGUGGACUCCUUUUUGACAGGAUAACAUGUCCAAAUUAUACCACAGAGAUCCUCUCAUGGAUGUCCUUCGCCAUGUUUACCCGUUCCUGGGUGUGUGCUGUCUUCAAUGUUUGUGGGGCCGUCCAGAUGUAUAUCUGGGCUCGUCAAAAGCGUGCGCGACUUGCGACUCAGUUCCCCGAGGUGAAGAAAAGGUUCUGCAUUUUCCCCUUCCUCUAG